GAGCGGCUGAAACAUGCCCGAUCGCGCCCAUCCAGUUAAACUGUUUUAGGCUUGUCAAAGCCGCCAACUGUAGUCGGUCGCGUCCUUUUCUAAAAUGAAAGAUAAAGUACUGGAACUGCAGCCUUGUUGCGAAACCUGUUCAUAAAUGCCAAGUGAUUACACGCUUUUUAUCAGAUGGUAUUUUUUAAUGAAAUGCAACAUAAGCUUUGUCGCUGCGUAGAAGUAAGCACAGCUGGAAUAAUAGCAAUUAUACUUUACAGUUCAUUUUUGAAUAGGCUAAUAAAUAAAAGUCUGUAAGUUUGCCUCUCCCUAAAAUCUCGAAGACACGGAUCAGUUUGCGCUACUUUGCGUGCAUGCAUGCUGAUCUAUCUGCAGGGGCUCCGCUGUGGGACCUGCGGUGACAGGAGCCGCCGGGGACCCGCUUUCCUCCAUAUCCUCUGGGUCGCAGGUCCUCAACAUCUUUCCGGGGACGGGAAAGAGACUCACUGCUGGGAAUCAGACUCAAAGUGCCCCCCUACUCCCAAGAACCGUGAAAUGUGUUUUUCCGGCAACAAGCUCCUCCCGUCGUCUUUCGAGCUACGGAACCGUCUGCGAAGUAACUGUGAGUAAGAAAUGUUAACAUCCAGAUCAAAGUGGGUGCAAACUAAAGGGACGCGGUAGGAAGCUGCCCGAGCCCAUUUCAUGCACAUAAAGGGAAUAAUUCGCACACGGGCGACGUUUCCUGCAGUGCUGAUGUCUCUACUCUGAACAGACUUUCUUACUCCUAUCUGACGUCUCUCAUGUGGUCGCAGUGUGUAAAUGAGCCUAAAUAUCCUCGCGCUGUUGAGUGUAGACUUGCUGUAGGGGUUUUGCACCAUGCCGGAGAUAUACAUUCGCAUCACUUUCUUUCUCGUGUGGAGUUUCUGUGUCUUAAGCCAUGGACAUGAUAGCGCAUUGGGGAAUAGCGUCCCUCCGAUGAAAUACCACCCGAGUGUCGGAGACGAAGGUGCGCAGCAGGGCUGCGGCCGGAGCCGGAGGGGGCGCGGAGCGGGACCCGCCGCAGGUGCGUCCCGGGUAGCCGGCGGUCCUUUGGUCCACAACCCCACGGCCACCGGCACCGAAAGCCAGAGGAUGGCAGCUGUGGAAAAGGGGCGAUCGCAGCACAGACAUCUGCUGAAACCUACCGAAACCGAAAGUUUGCAUUCUGGAGGAAGGAUGGAAAAGUUUCCCUCUGCCGUGGCCGCUAAUAUGGAAACGCCAGGUGGCGAUUAUACCGCCCCAAAGCCCCUGUGGAUCAGAAAGCUGAGAGCGGAUGAGAGACAUCAGAGGCGAAAGAGAGCAGCAACAGAUAGACGGAAGAAGAGUGGGCAGAAGAAGCAGCCGGAGACACUGCCGAGACCUUUGGCCCUAAACCUGACCACUGACAUCCCCUUCGAAAUGACCAGAAAUCCGGACAUUUUCCCAGAUGACGAUUUUUUUGAUGUGACCCCACUGAUUCCUCUGCUUACGCGGGGGAGUACAAGCAGGUUGAGAAAUCCCUUUUACCCCGUAAGCGGCGAGUCCUAUGGAGCGUAUGCCAUUUUGUGCGUAUCUGCAAUUAUUUUCAUCGUUGGAAUAUUGGGCAACAUUGCAAUUACGUGCAUUGUGUGUCAAAAUUUCUACAUGAGAAGCAUCUCCAACUCCCUUUUAGCCAAUCUUGCAUUGUGGGAUUUCAUGGUCACCUUCUUCUGCUUGCCGCUAGUUAUAUUCCACGAACUGACGAAGACCUGGCUCAUCGGCGAGUUCUCCUGCAAAAUCGUGCCUUAUAUCGAGGUGGCCUCCCUGGGCGUGACCACCUUUACGCUGUGCGCGCUCUGCAUCGACCGCUACCGCGCCGCCACCAACGUGCAGAUGUACUAUGAGAUGAUGGAGAACUGCGCCUCCACCUCGGCCAAGCUGGCCGUGAUCUGGGUGGGGGCAUUACUGCUGGCGUUGCCUGAGCUGCUCCUGCGCCAGCUAGAGCGGGCGGAGGAGGGCGGCGAGGAGGGCGGCGAGGCGGCGGCGGAGCGCUGUGUGGCUCGCAUCUCCACCGAGCUGCCGGACGCCGUCUACGUGCUGGGCCUCACCUACGAGGGGGCGCGUCUCUGGUGGUACUUCGGCUGCUACUUCUGCUUGCCCACCCUCUUCACCAUUGUCAGCUCGCUGGCCACGGCGCGCAAGAUCCAGCAUGCGGAGCGGGCAUGUGUGCGCGGGACCAAGAAGCAGAUCCGUCUGGAGAGCCAGAUGAACUGCACGGUGGUGGCGCUGGCCAUCCUCUACGGCCUGUGCAUCGUGCCGGAGAACAUCUGCAACAUCGUGUCGGCGUACAUGGCUGCGGGAGUGCCCCAGCGCUCCAUGGAGGUGCUGCAGCUGCUCGGUCAGCUGCUGCUCUUCUGCAAGUCGGCGGCGACGCCAGCGCUGCUGCUGCUCCUGUGCCGGCCGUUCGGGCGCGCCUUCCUCGACUGCUGCUGCUGCUGCUGCGCUGAGUGCGGCCACGCCCGGUCCUCGGCCGCCGCCAGCGAAGAUGGCGAGCGGGAGUGCACCGCCGAGCUGGAGCUGUCGCCGUUCAGCACCAUCCGCCGCGAGGCGUCCACCUACGCCCCCGUGGGAACGCGCUGCUGAGGCCGGACAGCCGCUCGCUCCACACCUACCCACUUUACUGUAGGACUGUUCAUCUCUCUUCAUAGGCAGAAAAAAAUACUGAACCCACAUCCAUAUGGCGAAAACGCUGCGUUUGUUACCAGCUGCCACUUUUUCUUGUUCCUGCCAGGACUGAUCUGGGGGUAAAUUUCAGCCCUAGACUUUGGGGUCCCUCAUGGCCCCACAGUAAAUUUUGACAACUAUAUGGGGGGCAGUAACAAUAAAUUUUGCCAGUCCCCCCAGGAAAUGGUGCCCAGGAUGCUGAUUGGCCCAUCCAUCCCUGCUUCCUGCAAAUGCCAUUUGCUGUGAUGAUGUGAUAUCGUACUCAUUGUAUUGUAAUGAUUAUAGCACACAGCGUAUGUAUUUUACCGUGGUAAUGGAUGACAUUUUGGCAUCUCAAAAAUACAAUAUUCCAUGUGUUUUAACCUAUGUUACUUUUCAUUGCAGAUCAGUUUAUCGCCAUGGACAUUAAAAUGCCAGUAAUGAUAUUGCUGACUUUGCCCCACUUGCAUCUUCUCCUUGUUUAGUUAAAAAGAAAAACAUAGUCA